AUGGGCUCCCCAAUCCACCGUCGGCAGAACAACGUGGCAUAUAAAUGGGGCUUAAAGCGUAAAAGCUAAGAGCUUAAUACAAAGGAGCGGCUGUUGCAGUGGAUCCUGAUUCAUACACGAAACCCGAGUAGAAGCCCCCUCCGACCGGAGAGCUUCGACGGAGACUGGCCCUCUGAACAGUCUCUUCCAAACCACCGCUAAUCAGACGAAGAGAGGCAGAGAGAGCGGGAGGGGGAGAUGGGGGAGGAGAAGAGACACCAGAUGAUGCAGAAUCUGUUCGGCGAUCAGUCUGAGGAAGAAGAAGAGAUCGAUUCUGAGCAUGAAUCGAAUCCCCACCCUAAUUACGCCUCUGAUGAAGCUGAAGGAGGUCUGAGGAAUGAGGGUGAAGAUGAAGGUGAAGGUGAAGAUGAAGUGGAAGGGCACGGUAAUAUAGAAGUGGAGAGUGAAGAUGAAAUGCAUGAGGUAGAACCUGAUCCAGGAGAAAGUGAGGGUGAAAGAGAACCAAGUUCUGAAGAAGUAGAUGUUGUUGAUGAGAGGGAAGUGAGUGAAGCUAAAGAUGCGGAUAGCGAAGAGAAAGAAGACUAUGGUCACAGAUUGGCAACAAGCAGGAGACGUGAUAUAAUUGAAAGUGGAUCAGAGAGAUCUGAGGAACAACAUUAUGCUGACCACGAGGAUGAGGAGGUUGACCAGGCCAGAAGCCCAAGUAAAUCACCUGAUGGGGAGAAGGAUCACAAUCCCAUUUCACAGUCAGCUGCUGAGAUUCGUGAUGUGUUUGGUGAUUCUGAUGAUGAGGAAGAGGCAGGAUAUGUGGUUAGGAAUGAAAUUGAGCACGAUUCACAUAGGUCUCCAAUGGAAGAGGAAGGUAGCUAUGAAAAGAAUUUAAGACCAGAGGAUAUGCUGAUGGACGAAGAUGCUCGAUAUGAAUCGGAAGAGGACAUUGAGGUUAAAUCUAAAGAGAAACCAGUUGGCCCCCCAUUAGAGAUAGAGAUUCCAUUUCGGCAGCCUCCAGCUGAUCCGACCAAGAUGAAUAUGAUCAAGGUUUCCAAUAUAAUGGGCAUUGACCCAAAUCCAUUUGAUCCUAAGACAUAUGUGGAAGAGAAAACAUUUGUGACAGAUGAAUCUGGAGCCAAAACACGUAUACGCUUGGAAAAUAAUAUUGUCCGGUGGCGGACUGUUAGAAAUCCUGAUGGCAGUAAAUCUGUUGAAAGCAAUGCUCGGUUUGUGAGAUGGUCAGAUGGCAGUUUACAGUUAUUAAUUGGGAAUGAAGUUCUUGAUAUAUCUGUGCAAGAUGAUCAGCAUGACCAAACACAUCUUUUUCUUAGACAUAACAAGUCACUUCUUCAAUCACAAGGAAGAAUACGGAGGAAGAUGCGGUUUAUGCCAUCAUCUUUGACAUCAAAUUCUCACAGGCUGUUGACGGCUCUUGUUGACUCACGGCAUAGAAAGGUUUAUAAAGUUAAGAACUGCAUCACCGACAUUGAUCCUGAGAGAGAAAAAGAGGAAAAAGAAAGGGCUGAAAGUCAAACAAUUAGAGCCAAUGUACUUCUUAAUCGGAAGAGAGAAAAGGUUAGCCGAAAGUAUACACAAACUGUAGAGCGGAGGCGUCAGCUCUCGCCUGGGUUCUUGGAGGGUGCUCUUGAUGAGGAUGAUGAACCGGAUUAUUUUGACUCUCGUCGUUCUCGCCGCCGCUUUGAAGAAGAUCUGGAAGUGGAAGCUCAAGCAGAGAGACGGAUUAUGAAUGCUAAGAAGGGACACAAAGAUAUUCUACGCAAGUCAUCUUUGCCCACUGUUAAAUCAUCAAAGCGCCCUGUAAAUUUCUCUGACAGUGAGAGAGAAGAGUCUGAAUAUGAAAGUGAUGGGGUGGAAUUCGAGAGGUCUCCCACCUGGAAAAGGGCUGAGGAGCCAGAGCAGGAUUAUGAAGAAGAGGAAGAAGAGGAGGAAGAACGCUAUGAAGAAGAGGCAGAAGUGGAUGGAGCAUCAGAAGAGGAAGAGGAGGCUGAGGAGCCAAAGCAAAAGUCCAAGGAGGUUGGAGGCAGUCACAAACGAGCAGGGAUUGAAUCAGAUGAGGAAUCCCCUCCAAGAAAGAUUUCAACCCACCGAAGAAUGGCAGUUGUUUAUGACAGUGAUGAGGAAUGAAUGCUUCCUUGAGUUGAUUUUAGUAAAAUUUUAUAUUUUCGUCCAUGAUUAUUGUUUAUAAUGUUUUGAAAUUUAUAUAUAUUUGUAUUGACUUUUUCAAUAUUAGUCCAUGGAGAUGUUUAAUUGCGACAA